AUGACCCACCCGACCUUCGACAACGCCACCUUCACGCUACCCAUCCCCGGAAGCUCCACGCUCCACCUCCGCCCCGUGCGUGUCUCCGACGCACCCAACCUGCGCGACCGCUGUGCAGACCCCCUCAACGUCCAAUACCUCCCCCACCUCCAAGGUCAAGAGAACCAAUCCGUCUCUGACGUCGAGUCCUGGAUCCGCACCGUCCAAUCCGGUUUCAACAAAGACUCCCUCUUCCUCGUCAUCGUUUCGACCACCGAAUCCGGCGACGAAGAAGUCAUCGGUGAAGGUCCCUUAGGCUACAUCGACUGGGACAAGAAACAUGCCGAGUCAGGAAUCAUGCUCGACCACCAGCAGGCGGGAAAGGGCAUCGCAACUAUGGUCCUCAAUACAACGAUGGAUUUCGCUUUCAAAGAGCUAGACUUGGACGUCGUCAACUACGGUACCCUGAAAGACAACAAACCUAUGGUCAAACUUUUGACGCACAAGUUGAGAGCGAAAGGCAGCCCGGAAGAAAGGACACGGAAGGAUGGCAAGCAAGAGUUGAUCUUCAACUUCAAGAAGGAGGAUUGGCUCGCUGCUGCUCAGUGA